CUCACCCAACACAAGGGUGGCCCUGUCCCCCGCCCGCCCGCUCCAUGCUCCUCACACAGCCCGCUGGCAUUGUGUGUGUGUGUGUGUGUGUGUCCAUGUCUGCCCGCUCACUGAGCAGCGCUACUGCAGAGCUACUACUGUGCCUGGUAUGGGCGGGGGCUAGACACUUGCUUCCGCUGUUAACGGUCACUAUUUCACCCCCAAUCCUAGACCUGCUACCCUCAUUUUAUUCCUUACCCACAUACCAGUACCCCUUCCCCCAUAAGUUUGUUUGUUAGGUAAGUAAAGUACAGACCCAAACUAUACUACUGAAAGUCAGUUCAGGUUUCUGAUAAGUUUAGAUCAGAAAACUCAUUCACAUACACUAUAACUGAUAUGUUUAGGUCAGACAACUCAUUCACGUACACUAUAACUGAUAUGUUUAGGUCAGACAACUCAUUCACAUACACUAUAACUGAUAUGUUUAGGUCAGAAAACUCAUUCACAUACACUAUAACUGAUAUGUUUAGGUCAGACAACUCAUUCACGUACACUAUAACUGAUAUGUUUAGGUCAGAAAACUCAUUCACAUACACUAUAACUGAUAUGUUUAGGUCAGAAAACUCAUUCACAUACACUAUAACUGAUAUGUUUAGGUCAGAAAACUCAUUCACAUACACUAUAACUGAUAUGUUUAGGUCAGACAACUCAUUCACAUACACUAUAACUGAUAUGUUUAGGUCAGACGACUCAUUCACAUACACUAUAACUGAUAUGUUUAGGUCAGACGACUCAUUCACAUACACUAUAACUGAUAUGUUUAGGUCAGACAACUCAUUCACGUACACUAUAACUGAUAUGUUUAGGUCAGACAACUCAUUCACAUACACUAUAACUGAUAUGUUUAGGUCAGACAACUCAUUCACGUACACUAUAACUGAUAUGUUUAGGUCAGACAACUCAUUCACAUACACUAUAACUGAUAUGUUUAGGUCAGACAACUCAUUCACGUACACUAUAACUGAUAUGUUUAGGUCAGACGACUCAUUCACAUACACUAUAACUGAUAUGUUUAGGUCAGACAACUCAUUCACAUACACUAUAACUGAUAUGUUUAGGUCAGACAACUCAUUCACAUACACUAUAACUGAUAUGUUUAGGUCAGACAACUCAUUCACAUACACUAUAACUGAUAUGUUUAGGUCAGACAACUCAUUCACGUACACUAUAACUGAUAUGUUUAGGUCAGACAACUCAUUCACGUACACUAUAACUGAUAUGUUUAGGUCAGACAACUCAUUCACAUACACUAUAACUGAUAUGUUUAGGUCAGACAACUCAUUCACAUACACUAUAACUGAUAUGUUUAGGUCAGAAAACUCAUUCACGUACACUAUAACUGAUAUGUUUAGGUCAGAAAACUCAUUCACAUACACUAUAACUGAUAUGUUUAGGUCAGACAACUCAUUCACAUACACUAUAGCUGGGAGAUUAGCUACAUAAAGAUGAAACUGAAAGGAGUCCAUAGCAUGACAUGUCAAUGAAACGGAUUUAGUCAAGUUACAACUGGCAUCAAAUUAACAGCAUGUUCCUUUGUGAGCAUGAUCCCAAUAACCCAAACCUCUGGCUGCCUUUCUCAAACUCCUCUUUGCUUUGGCUGACUAGCCAUUUUAGAGCAGUCUUCCCAAGCUGUUAUUCUAGAGCCGUCUAUGCUCUCCUCUGCUCUUGAUUGUGCUCUGUGCAAGUGAGAAUGCCUCUAGUGACCCAAAGACUUGAACAUGUUUAGCUUCAGAGACAUAUCUGUAUUAACUUUUAAACAAUGCUACUAUGAGCAUGCAGCAUAUCAUUUGCGGACAGAAUGAUCAAAUAACAAAGAGAUAUUGUAAUAAUGUCUGGAAUAUAGCAUGUUUUUAGAACAUGUUAUUCUAAACUAAACAGUACACCAGCAGAUAUCCUGGAGAUGCAGAGGACCAGAUAAUAUGGAGAUAUUUCAUUAGGGGGUUUCAUUUUGUAUUCACUAUCUACAGUAUCAGUCAAAGGUUCGGACACCUACUCAUUCCAGGGUUUUUCUUAAUUUUUUACUAUUUUUCUACAUUGUAGAAUAAUAGUGAAGACAUCAAAACUAUGAAAUAACACAUGGAAUCAUGUAGUAACCAAAAAAGUGUUAAACAAAUGAAAAUAUAUUUGAGAUUCUUCAAAGUAGCCACCCUUUGCCUUGAUGACAGCUUGGUCCACUCUUGACUGAUACUGUAGUUCUAAAUGGAGAAGUUGAACCAUGUUUUUUAUUCUCUCUCCCUCCCCUCA